AUCGGAUAUCGGAAGUACUAAGUAGACUGAUCGGAUGUCCGCUGAAUUGAUUUUAUGUUAAUAUUUAAGUUAUUUUGGUAUCACUUUAUUACAGCCCCAUAGGAUUGUGUUUUGCUUACAUUGAUAAGUUUAUAAAUAAACAGCCCUGAAUUCUGCACCAUGAUAACAGUUUGUUUACAUUAAAUACUAAAACAAGGAAUGAAACGGAAAAACAGCAAUGAAAUGGAUUCCGGCUUUUUCGAAACGAACAUUGUUUAUAUAUUUCAUAUUAUUAUUUCUAUUAUAUUUAUUUUAUGUUUUGAAUACUUGUUUAGUUGACGAAAGAAAGUUUUCCCUGAAACGUUUUCUGCUGAAGGAACAUUAUUCAAAGUAUAAAAGUGCUGCAGUUCGUUUUGUUUCUCUGCUGGGUUUCAACACACUAGAUGCGACUGAUUACAAAUACCGCAGACUUAGAAAUCAGAAUGUAAUGCCAGUGAAAAGAUUGCCUGAUGUGCUUAUUAUAGGUGUUAAGAAAUGUGGAACCAGAGCCCUCCUGGAGUUUUUAAGGUUACACCCAGAUGUGCGAGCUGCAGGUUCCGAAGUGCAUUUUUUUGAUAAAUUUUAUCAUAAGGGCUUUGAAUGGUACAGGGACAGAAUGCCACCAACCCUCGAAGGCCAGAUCACAAUGGAGAAGACACCCUCUUACUGGGUGACACGGACAGCUCCAAAGAGAGUGCAUGCCAUGAAUCCGGAUGUGAAGCUGCUGGCGGUUGUCCGGGAUCCUGUCACUAGGGCUAUUAGUGAUUAUACACAGUCGGCAAGUAAAACACCUUCACUCCCUCGUUUCGAAGAGCUAGCCAUAGUGAACGGCAGCUGGGGCGCGGGCGGGGCGGUGGCGGCGUCGUGGCCGCCCGUGCGGCUCGGCGUGUACGCGCGCCCGCUGCGGCGUUGGCUGCGCCGGUUCCCGCGCGAGCGCCUGCUGCUGGUCAAUGGGGAGCGGCUGGUGGACGACCCUGCAGCUGAGAUGGCGAGGGUGCAGGAAUUCCUUGGCCUAAAACGUGUGAUCACCGAGAAGCAUUUCUACUUCAACUCCUCUAAAGGCUUCCCCUGCCUCCUUAAAUCGGAAAGCCGUUCCACCCCCCACUGUUUAGGCAAGACCAAGGGCCGGAGCCACCCCCAUAUCAACCCAGCCACCAUAGAAACUCUAAGAGGGUUCUACAGGCCUUUCAAUGAGAAAUUUUACGAAUUAUCUGGUAUAAAUUUUGGGUGGCCUUGAUGUGUUGUGAUGUAUGGCUAUUGCCUUGGUAUUAAGGUAGUUUGUUCCUAAUUUUGUAACGAUAUCAUUUUAAUGUAGGUGCUGUUACGUUGGUUUGUGAAUGGAAUAGUGCAACAACAGCAGAAGUAUAUAAGUGAGUUAAGAAUUUAUGACAGUUACAGUUAAAAAUAUACACAUAAGCCCAUUGAUCUUUGGAUUUAGCUUUGACAGUAAGUAGCACAAGAUAUUAUGUGAGCUUUUUGAGAUAGGGAACUAUUAUAAUAAAUUAGAGUAACUAUAGUUUUUGUUCCAAUUUCGGAACAAGACCAUAGAGUAAAACUACAGUCUGACAAUAAAUUGUAGAAACACUCAAAUACCCUAUUGUCACUUUUUAAUUUCUACAAUUUCUUGUCGGACUAUAUUAAUUUUAUUGCGAAAUUAGUGAAAGAAGACUUAUAAUUAGUUGACUGUAUUCGAAUUUUUAACGGCUAGUAAGAAAAAAACUUCCAUUUUGUAAGGGUUUGUAGGUAACGUAUGGGUUAGCAAUAAAUUAUGAUAAACAAUUACAUACUCUUCUUUCUAGAAAAAAAAUACAGUAAUGUGUUUUUUUAGGAGAGCAUCAAAAAAGUCCGUAUUGACUGUAUUUAGGUAGCAGUUCCUAGUUUUUAUCGAUAAUAUCAUAGAUUCCUAUUGUCGUUUCAUUUUUUAAGUACUUACUAUAAACAGAUUUAAUUAUUAUUCUGCGUUAGACAGCUUUUUGUGAUACCAGUAUUAUCAGUUUGAAAGCACAAAUCACUUAUUACUUGAUAUUAUUAUUACUUAAGUAAUUUAAUAUAUUUAAAACAUCACAAAGUGUUAAUAAUUUAAUAAAGCAAUUUUGUUCCUCGAGUGGCAAUACCUACCGGUAAUUUACAGUAUUAUUAUAGUGUUAUGCAUCAUCUGCCAUAAGUAUUAGUCUUAUUAUUUUAAGGCAUAAUUUUAUAGUAGGUAUAUAGGCUUCUUAAGUAACUUUGCCUCACUUGUAAUUGAUCUGCCUCAUUAGUUAAAUUAAGUAGUUUAUUACUAUGUAAUUUUUUUUUUGCUUUUUGGUUAUGUGAUAGGUAAUUUACUUCUGAUUCGUGAUUUACAGGUGUUUUUUAUCUGAACAUCUAUUAGACUUAUAUUGACCGGGAUAUAGACCGUGAUUACCUUUUGUAUUAUUUGAACAUCUAUUGUUUAAUUUUAUUGGACGUAGUUCGGCUAAUGGGAACGAACCCACACUAAAUAUCCAUUCAAAAUUUUACUUCAUGCUUUAACAAGUACCUACGAUUUUUUUUAUUGUGGGGUUGGUUCCCGUUUGCAAAAUUCCGUCCAAUUAAGAAAAAGUUUAAAUAUUGUCAACAUUCAGCUACCUAAGAUGAUUAUCGGCAUACACGAUGCGCAACCCAUUUUCAAAUAAAAAAUAUAUUUUGGUUAUGCAUAAACCAAUUUAUGCAAUUGUUAUUCAUUACAACGAAAAUUUGAUAAGCUAGUUCAGAGACAAGUAACUAAUAAAGACUUCAAUCCCAUAAGUAUGUGCAAAGUCGCAUUCAUUGUAUACUGCAUAUGUAUUUGCUAUUGCACUUUAUUAGGUUUGCGAAUAUUUUGCCAGUUAACAGUGGACGUUACUGGUCUUUUUUAUUUACUUGUCUAUUACGAUUUGUAAACUUUAAUAGUUAGUAAGAUAGCUUGUAGUGUAAUACUUAGUUAGGACCUUGCACUAAGCCAUCCGAAAACACGUGCCAUUAUUAUUGCUUAAUAGAUUACCAUUUAAGAAUAAAAGCUUUAAUAUUUUUAGUUAUUAAUAGUACAGAGGGAGUAAUGUAAAAUUGAAUUACUACCAAGAAUACCGUAAUGCGGAGGACUUUUGAAAUAUAGGGUUUUAAUACUGGACUAUAUUUUAGUUCGCAUUUUAUAGAUGAAGUGCGCUGUUCUGUUGAAUUAGUUCCUCGCUCUAGCCAAACAACCAAUACGGUUCAAAUGAGUUAAUUACGUAGUUCGAAAAUUAUAAUAAUUACUUAGAUUUAUUCGAGAACGAGUAAAAAAUCUACGAAGGUGUUACUAGUUACUCCCCCAUUUAUCUCCAUGCCCCCAACUAUUUAAUUGUCAAAGUCACCCCAUAUUUCACGGUACAAACUU